ACCUCUUUAAAUGUGUUUGUUCAAAGGAGUUUGAAGACCUGGAUGAAAUUGUUGCUCGUUAUGUCCAGCCAAUGGCUUCUUUUGCCAGAGACCUGUUGAACCACAAGUACUAUCAGGACUGCAAUGGUGGAGACAAGAAGAAGCUGGAAGAGCUGCUGAUUAAGACCAAGAAAGAGAAGCCAACAUUUAUUCCAUACUUUAUUAGUGCCUGUAAAGAUCUACCUGGUAAAUUCCUCUUGGGAUAUCAGCCUCGAGGCAAACCAAGGAUAGAGUAUGUGACAGUGACCCCAGAGGGAUUCCGCUACCGGGGCCAAGUUUUCCCUACUGUGAAUGGACUUUUCCGAUGGUUUAAGGAUCAUUAUCAGGACCCUGUUCCAGGUGAGCAGCCUGAAACUUCAGUGCCUCAGCUUUGUCUUUAUCACACAAUAUCAGGGACAAUUAUUAAAGGGUGGUUCCAUCUUCUUUGUCCCAAAAAUGUGUCCUAGGAUUUUUCUGUAUGUGGGAAGUUUCCAAGCAAUGCUUGAAAUGUUUGGCUCCAUGGACCAACCCACUCUCCUGAGAGUUAAUAUUUGAUCACAGCAAAGUCUGGACCAGUCCCUUUCCUCUCCUUUGUCU